AUGGAUAACAUGGAGCAAACACAAUCGCCAAUUCCUAUUACACAAUCAAAUGAGCCACCAUCUUCAAAUGGUAUGAUAAAUACCAGCUCAAUAAUUAGUAUGGAUAAUUUAUCUUCAAAUAAUUCAGUCUCAACAGAUAAUCAUAAUAAUAAUAACAAUACUACCACAUCCAAUGGAGACAGUGAAAGUCGUUCUUUUAAAGAAGCUGAUCAUUAUAUUUCAACGUUAAAAGAAAAAUAUUGUGAAAAAACUGUAAUAACAAAGCGUUCGCAUGAUGAUAUUUUAAUUGCACUAAGAAUGGACAGAGGUAAAAAUGGAAACUUCUCAGCGAAAUUCGUUUAUUGGUGCAAAAAUAAUUUUGUCUUAACCCAAAUAGCUAGUUUUGAUAUUAUUUGUGAUCAGAAAAGUGUAAUGCCGAUUGCUAUUUAUGAAUCCUUUUAUUAUCUAAUUAAUGAGUGUCAUCAAAGAAUUUCACAUGGAGGACGUGACAAGACUUUGAGCGAGAUUUCGUCGAACUAUGAAUGGAUUCCGCGUGCGUUCGUGGAAAUUUUCUUAAAACAAUGUAUUGAUUGUCAAAUGCGUAAACCAGUAAAAACAUACAUUGUAAGCAAGCCAAUUAUUUCUUUAAGAGUAAUGGCACGAUUACAGAUUGACUUGAUUGAUAUGAGCAGUCAUCCGGAUAUUAUUGUUUCUAAAGAUCUCGCUUAUUCGUGGAUUUUGAACUGCAAAGAUCAUUUUUCGAAAUUUACAUGGGUAUUUCCAUUGAAAGCUAAAUUAACUGAGGAAGUUGUCAUUCAUUUACACAUGUUAUUUUUUACAUUUGGUCCGUGUCGGUUGCUGCAUUCUAAUAAUGGUAGAGAGUUUGUGAAUAAACUUGUUGUCAAUUUAAAAAAUCUUUUUCCAAAUAUGUUCAUUGUUCAUGGUCGUCCGAGAAAUCCAAAAUGUCAGGGUUCCGUGGAACGAGCAAAUGCGGUUUGGUGCGCCUCGCUAGGCAAAUGGUUGUCGUUCACCGGCUCAUUACAUUGGUCGGAGGGUUUGAUGCCAGUAGUAUAUGAUAUUAACACAAGGGUCACUGGAGGUACAAAAUGUACUCCAUAUGACGUGAUGUUUGGUCAAAAACCGCGUUCAGAUUGUGUUUUCUGGGACAGUAUUCGAGUUGAUGGUGUUAUUGAACACGGCGAUCUUCCAAAAGACAUACAUGAGAUGAUUCAAAAUGCAGAAAAUAUUGAAGAUGAUCAGAAUGUAGCGAGUGGUAGUAAUUCUACAGACCAUGAAGUUGUUGCAGAUGUUGCUUCAUUGUAG